AUGGAAGAUAACGAAGAGGCAGAUGUCAGCCCUCAGAAGGGGAAGACGGAGCCAUCAAAUGGACUCAAUUUGAGCCUUCUCAUGCGUUUGUGUGGUACCUGGAAUGACAUUUCGUUCGCACUCAUCAUCCUGUUCUGUAUCGCCGGUCUGGGCCACUCUGACAUAGCUCCGACAUGGCGGUUCAUGGACGGCCGAGACGAGGGACUAUCGCAAGUGGCGUGGGCCUAUCUGCUGGCAGCUGUCAUGACCAUGACCGCAUUCGUCUUCGAGCUGACAACUGUGCUGGUUGAGUAUAGCCGCUUGGCGGCACUUGCCUGGUUCCUGCCAUCUCUGAAUGAUGGGCAGUGCUCUAAGAGCAAACGGCUGGAACUGGGCAUUCCCCCGUUUCGUUUGAUCCGAACAUGUCGUGAGAAUCGACGACAGGUUCAUUGGAUCAUUGAGACAGUUACUGAGACGGAGGUGAAGUGUCUCAAAACCACGCGCGGUGUCUCCUUGCCCUACAAGAUGAAGUCUCAAGACCUGGACGAGGAGGAAGAAGAGGAGAACUCGACUUUAGCAGCCGAGAUGGUCGCAGUCCGGGCCGGCUCGAUGAGCCAGAAGAGCCAUGAAAGCCAGAAGUCAGGGACUCGCCGACGGAAGAAGACCCCGGAUCUUGCAAGCAAGGAGCCAGAAAUUGCAGAAAGACAUUUCACGGCGCACAGCAAAGCUUCAGACUCCAGUCUGGAAACGGCGACCAUGAGCAACACUUUCUCAGCAGAGGCCGAUGCCCCGACAAUCCUGUGCGUGGAUGAUGAUCCUGUCCACCUCGACGUGGUCUAUGCUGUUGCUGACGGGGAGCAAGCCGUGCAGUUCUUGAAGAUGCGAAGUGUGCAACUGAUGAUGCUGGAUGUUAUGAUGCCUGGCAUGAGUGGCCAACGGGUGCUGCGAUCUGUUCGCAAAUUCUACACCUCAGAGCAGCUUCCAAUCAUCAUCGUGAGUGCGGUGUGCAGACAGGAGACGGUGUCCGAAUUUGCGAAGCUGGGUGCGAACGAUUAUAUCAUGAAGCCCUUUGGCAGGGCCGAGCUGCUGGAGCACGUCCAGCUACAUCUCAGCAAAGCCACUCAAGCACGCGUGUCCCGCAAAGCACGUGAGCUGAAGGUGCGGUUCCUUCAAAAGCUUAUCGACGCUAGCUGCCCGCAUGUCUCGCAGAGCCGUGUGACGGGCUUCGUGAGGCACCCACAUCUCAUGCGCGGGAUCCGCUGCCGACCCCACGGCCUUGUUUACAAAGGAGAGGGCCGAUCUUACGUCAAGGGCGAAGGCGCAUACGGUCAGAUCGAGAUGAAGCCGUGGAGCGGGCUCAAGCCUUGCAGCGACUUCCCCGCAGCUGAGCACAUGCUCAUGGGAGCAUUCGAGGACAAGGAGUUGCGUGUAAGCAAAGCGGAAGCAGAAGCGAUGGGGCUUCUGCAGUCCGUCGGCCGAAUUACCGUCUGCUGCCGGAAGCGACGGAUUGCUCUGGAAACAGAGCUCCAGAACAAAAAUGGCACCUUGCUUUCAGACGAGCAGCUCAAGUUUUUACAGGCAAGCUACGCUCGGCAAAAGGUCCUUCACCAGCAUCAUGAGGGCAUGGCUGCGCAGAUCCAGCGCUUGGAGCUGUUGCAGAAGAGCCAACACAAGCUCUUAUCGGCCAGAACUGAGCAGGACCUGGAUGGCUUGCUGCAGAUCGCCAGCUCGGGUCCAGGUAGAGGUCCAGGUUCGCAGGCACCGCUUGCAGACCCAAAGCUUCUGCAGAUCAGGAAGGUAGAGGACAAUGUGGGCUACUACCUCACGAGCAUAGACCAGUUGGCAACGCGGCUGCCGGCUUCGUCAAAAGAGGAGCUGCAGCGAAUCGCCUACCAGCUAAGAGCGGAAACCAACAAGCUGCUCAUGGAGAUGGGUCUCAAAUGUCAUGAGCUGGCCAGCGCGGACAGCAUGCUGCAGCAUCAAUGGCUGCAGCUCCAACGUAGCGUGCCCCAACUGAGCCUUGGAACCGAUCCUUUCCUGGCAUCCCUGACCUUGUGGCCACCCACACAGACUCCAGGCGCGGCGGCUUCUGAGAGCACUGUCUGA